AUGCCAGGUGAGCAUCGUGUGCAGGCAGGAGCCCCCAUGGUGGCACAGCACAGCCUCCUGCUGCUGCAGAGCCAAGCACUGGCCGAGGAGGAGGCGACCAAGACAAAGAGGGAGUUGCUUACCCGGUUCCUGAAGGACAAGCUGGCUAAGGAGAAGCGCAGCAGCAUCCUGAACCUCCACAAGCUCAGCAUGCAGUGGCGGGCAGUGCUGCGGGAGACCAAAGACAAGGAUCUGCGCCAGGACAUUGAAAUCCUCAGCCAGACCUUUGCGCGGGUGAUGGACUGCAAGGACAGCGUCAUCGAGUCCCUGGCCACAGACCUGGAGGAGGCGGAGGAGCAGCACGCCCAGGCCCUGCGCAGCUACCUGCACAAUGUCGACCGCCUGCUGCAGCUCCAGCGCUGCCGCUUGAUGUGCCUGGAGGAGGGGUAUGGCACCCAGCUGGAGGCCCUGAAGACAGAAUUUGAGGCUGAGAGGAGGAUCAUCCUUGAGCAGCACGAGCAAGAAAGCCACUACCUGCAGGACGUGAUGCUGGCUGCGGAGCAGAAUUAUGCCCAGAACGACCAUGAGACCACACUGAAUUUCCAGAGUGUCUGGAAUGACAUCAAGAACAAGAGCCUGCAGGAGAAGCAGUACAGCCGCACGCAGCUGGGCGGGAAGGUGGAGGUGCUCUGGGAGCAGUUCCAGCGGACCAUGCAGAGCUACACAGAGGCCACUGAGCACCAGAUUACUUUUGAGGCACUGAAGCAGAAGGUUGAGAAGAGCUCCAAGGAUAUAGAGAUGCACACAAAGAAGCUGCAAAAGCUCCAGGACUUGGUCACAGCCACCAAGGGCCACAUCACGGCUCACCUCCGAGAGAGUGAGGAGCAGAACCGGUGCAUGCGGGAGAAGAAGGAAAGGCUCCUCAGGCAGCUCCAGGAGCUCAGGAGCGAGAUGAACCAGGCCAGGGCUAAGGCCCACGGCAGCCUGGCUGGGCUCACCGUGCAGAGCAGCGCUACCCUGAAGACACUGGCACGGGUUGUGGAGAAGGGCCAGCGCGUCUUGCGGCUGGCUGAGAUGUGCCGCAGGCUGGAGACGGAGGAGGAGAAGGUGCUGCCCUUCUACCCUUCCUCGCUGGCAGAGGGGGAGCAGCAAGAUGCCCAACGAGUCCUUGAGGAGAUGCCUGUGGAGCCUCUGGCCCAGGCCAUGCAGGACUACGUGGGGCUGGAGCAGUUCUGGCAGCGGUUCAACAAGGCGAAGCUGGAGGAGCAGGCACUGGAGUGGGAGCAGGCGGCCCUCAGCUGGAGGAAUGGGCAUCUACGGGAGCUGCUCAGGCAGUACCUGGUGGGGAUCUCUGUCAGCCAGGAGGUGCUUGGCCAGCCCAACCCACUCCUCGCUAUCAAGCGCAAGAACUGCGUCCCCAGGGACUUGCCCUGCACCAGGGGAAGCUGUGCACCCCGACAGCCUCUUGAGGGGAGGGACAGCCACCCAGAUCCCAUCCACAGUUCUGCUGGCACCAGCUGA